AUGGUGUAUUUGAAAGUGGCACCACAAAAAGGAAAGGAUCACUUUGGUAAAGUGGGAAAGCUUGCGGUAAGGUUUAUCGGACCAUACCGGAUCGAGAAGAGAGUUGGAGAAGUGGCUUAUCGGCUAGCUAUGCCUGAAGUUAUGCGAUUGCAUAAAGUCUUCCAUGUUUCCCAACUACGGAAACAUGUACCAGAUCCUAACAUGAUAGUGCCCAAACCUGUCGAGGAGUUGGAGCCAAACCUUACUUACCCCGAGGGACCGUUUGGAAUAGGACAAAGGAGGACUCGGAAGUUGAAAAACAGGAGAAUUCCUCAAAUCCAAAUAUUUUGGGGAAAGCAGAACCGUAAGGUUACUACUUGGGAAGAUGAGGAUAGGAUUCGAGCCAAAUAUCCUCAAUUGUUUGUUGAAGAAGAUUAG